AACAGAACGAGGGAGGAGGUAGAAGACGACGGACCACGGACGAGACGAGACGACACCUAACCUAAUACCUAAACGAACUACAAAAUAAUAAUGCUGAUAGUACCAGUGUAAGACUUUGUUUGUAGCCUAUUAAGUUAGACCUAUUAUCUUUUAUCCACAGAAAGCCAUAAUUUUGGGAAAAAUUCAUUCUAUGAUGUUAGGCCUAUGAAUUUAAAUAAUAAAUCUAAAGAAGGUUAAGUUAUGUCUUGGCAACUGGGCCUCCGUUCUCUGAGAUAUAGAAAUAAUGAAGUUGGUGUACCUAGCCAAGCAUGGAACAGAAUAUUGGCAUUGAGAUUCUCUGACAAAUCUGAUCCUAAAGAUAAGUUUGAGGAUAUAAGGUUAGUAGAAACAAAGCCUUUAAGUGGGUAUACAUAUGACGAAGGAAUCGAAGGAUUCAAAAGUAAAUGGAGACUUCCAUUCAUUCAAAGAAAGGGCUUUUUCAAGACCAAUUUUGGCGCAUUUGCUACCAAUUACUUUGCAGCAUCCAUAACAAAAAUACAUCCUGAGAAUUUUAAAUACUUUGAUCUAAAAACAUGGUGGAAAAAAGAAAAAAGAGAACAGCUGGUAUAUGAUCAACAGUUUAAUGAAGAAAGGUUGAUGAUACUGGGAUGCGACUUGGGCGCUGCACAUUUUACAGUUUACCGUGGUGGUGCCGUCAAGUUUGUUGGUCAUGAAUAUUGGAUUAAAGACGACAAGAAGACACAAAAAGAUUAUGAUGACUAUUUGCCAAAUGCAUAUGAUCCUAACUACGUUUUGGAGGCAAUUGAUUUUUCAAACACACGUAUUAUCUAUGAAGGGUUGAAAAAUAUUGAAAACCUAUCAUCGCUGAAAUGGCUCAGCUUUGCUAACUGUGCCCACUUUGAUGACUGGUGUCUUGAUAGAGUUUCUGGAGAACACAGAAAUAAUCUUGAGUACCUAGAUAUUAGCUUUACUGGAGUCACGCACCGCGGCCUGUAUGCUUUGUAUCGUUUUAACAAGUUGAAGACUCUCAUAGUAGAUGAAAGUAAUGAAGAUCCUGUCUUUUUCCAAUUGUGUUUGGAAAUACAAAAAAUUUGUCAAGGUUUGAAUAUAGAAUUAGUGUCAGAUCCUCUGAAGAAGUUGAACACAACAGGGCCUUCUAAGACACCUUCAUUAAUACAAAAAUAAUUUUGGAUUGUGGCCAUGGGCAAUACAUGUAAAUAGUGUAAAGAAUUGUAAUAAAGAAGUCAUG